ACUCUAAAACCAGACUGGCGCCGGGCCGGACCGGACCGGACCGGGGCGGCGGCGGCGGCGGGGCGGCGGUGGCGACACUGGACCAGUGCUGGCCUAGAGACCGCAGAGCACGGAGUUCAGUGGCUCCGGCGGCCGGAGCUCCGCCGUACGCCACUCACGUGUCGGUCGCUGUUUGUGGCGAUAAGAACGAGAGAGAGGAUGGGUCGCUGGUGACCUUGAGAGGUGCUGAGGCGGGUCCCCGACCGCUCCUGAGGUCCCGACCAGUGUGUGACAGCGCUUCCAGUCCGGCUGCGGGAGUGUGAGACGCACGGAGAACGCCCUUAGUGCUGUGAUCAGCCUGUGAGCGUGGAAAGAUACAGCGCGGAGACGGCGCGCCUGCGUUGUGUGGACGCGAGGGAGGUGUGUGCGUCAGUGCGAGAAAUCACGGACUGUGCCUGUGCGCUGUGCGCUGUGCGCGUGGCUGUGCCGUGAAGCGAAGCUAGCGAAGUACCCUGAGCGUGAAUCGGAGAGUGAAUGUGUCAGCAACUGAGGGCUCUGUGAACUCAAGGCUGAGGGUCUGUCCGUCGAGACCGAACGCUAUAUUGCAGUCAACUGUGACGGAAUCAGGGCCACCAUAUCGCACCUGCUCAACAAGCAGCUGUAAUCGCUCACCAACGGUUUUGAGCGGGCCCUACAGGGGCACUUUCCUCACUGGUUUUAACUCACACACCCGUGUCGGUACUGAUAGCUCACAACUGAAUUGUGAUGGUGGUGCCGUGCGCACUCUCCUGUGAGUCUGAGCCACGGGGCUCGACCACGGCGAUCGCUGGCAUAGACAUGACUUCGUCGGAGAGCUCUGAGAAUUCCCUCGGGAAGCAGCUGUGGUACAAGAGACUGGCCAAAAGCAGCCUGCCAUAUGCUCGGGACUUCAUUUUUCUCAUGUGUGCGGUGGCUGUGGUGCUGGUCACCCGCCGGCUCGGACCCGUGGCGCCCGGGUUCUUCUGCCACGACCCUAGCAUCACCUACCCGUACAAGGGCGACUCGGUGUCAGUGACUGUACUGCUGGCACUCACACUCCUCCUGCCGCCUGUGCUGAUAUUUCCGAUCGAGCUGCUGCAGCAGCGGCGCGGCAUCACGUGGAGCUUCACCCGGCCACUGCGGACAGCCGUGGUGCUCGGCGCGCGCCACUGCACCUGCCAGUCGUUCCUGUUCGCCCUCACCGAGGUCAUCAAGAGCCUGGUGUCGCGGCCCAGACCCUCGUUCCUCGCGCUCUGCCAGCCCACCAACUACAGCCAGACGCUGUGCGACAACAGCCACUUCAUCUCACAGUUCGAGUGCGGUUCCCUGAAGCCCUCGACGAGCCACUUUGAGGAGCUGCUGAUUGUUGACUCGAUGCUGUCGUUUCCGUCGGGCCAUGCAGCCACGUCCUGCUGCACAGCUACCUUUAUGGCGCUGUACCUGAUGGCGCGGAGCGGCGGCGGCCGGCGGCGCUCGGUGCUGCGCUCCUUCCUCACCUUCUUAUGCGUGCUCUACGGCAGCAUCAUCACCUUCAGCCGGGUGGCCGACUACCGACACCACCUGACGGACGCGCUGGCAGGAGCGGCGCUCGGUACAGCCGCCGCACUCAUGCUGUGCUGCUGCGUCUGCCGAACGAUGUUUGGCAAGAACGAUCAUAGAAGGCCGCUGCUUCCCCAGUCAUCAGUCACAUCCAACCGAACAACGGACACCCAGGUCACAGCGCUGGAGGAUGAAAUGUAACUCUCAAAACGGCAUCACCAUUCAGGGAGAGCCCUCUGCCGGCGGGCUCAGAGUCACAUGCGGUGAAGGGUGGAUAUACAUAGAUGUCGCCACUGACCGCAGAGUAGGACGGCCGUGGUUCCGUUCACAUCCGAUGUGUGUCGGUGUUUGAUGUGCUGUGUGGGCACUAGCCACUAAUAUCUGAACAGCGGGACUGUUCACUCAUCUCUUGAUGUGAAAUCAUUUAGAGCGCUAUAUAUUUGUGUUUAUGACUUUGGUGUUAUCUGUGCGCUGUGUAGUGUGCAGUGUCAUCCCAUCAGACAGGUUUGGUGGGCGGACGUGUCUCUUAUCAGUUCGGGAGAGUCUUGAAUAAAUAUUACACAGCUCCCGUGAUAAACGCAUAUAGCAGUUGCAAAUUUGUGACUCAUCAACGCGACCGACUAUUUUCUGUUUCAAUGUUGGGGCAAACCGCGGGUCGAAGUGUCCCGUUCCGUGGCCAUUUUUGUGGUUUAUUGUAUUUGUAACUGCGUGCUAUAUUUGUGUGGGUUGACUAUACAGGAACCACGGAACAAAUACAACACGUAUAAACAUUUUAUUCACAUGAAAAUAUUAAAUAUUAUUCGUACGUCCAUGAUUUCGUUGAUCAGCGUGGAAUGCUGCACUGGUGUUAGUACACUGAUACGAUGUGAUGUAAAAUGUCACUGAAAUACAUUACACAUUUGUG